CCACGUGAAGAAGGUUGGUGGUUAGUAGUCGGUGAAUUGAAAACCAAUUCAUUAGUUGCAAUUAAACGUUUAUUUGUUUCACAAUCAAUGAAAGUUCGUUUAGAUUUAAAUGCACCGACACAUUCAGGUCGACAUGAAUUCACAUUGUUUUUCAUGUCUGAUGCAUAUAUGGGUUGUGAUCAAGAGUAUAAAUUCCAAAUUGAAGUACGUGAAGGUGGUGGAGGUGGUGGAGGUACAAGUGGACGAAUGCAUAAUAAUGAUUAA